AUGCCGCGUGUAGUCCCCGCAGCGUCGUCAGCCGGGUGUGAGCAUAAGCUUAAGCAUAAGAAUGAGCGUAAGGAGGAGCACGAGCAUCAUCAGCAUCGUCACUUGCCGGCAGUGCGCGCGGGCUUUAGAGCAGCGCAUGUCCCCGCGGAGGCAGCAGCGCCGACGGCUGUAGCAGCCCGCGCUACAGACGCGCACCCCGCUCCAGACGCAGCGGCGGCGCGUCUCGCGGAGCAGAGCAGCGCGGAGCGGGCAGCUGUAGCACGCAGUGGCGGAGCGGCUGCCACGCCUUCGGAAAGCCCCGAGGCGGAAAAGGCGCUAGAGGGCGCUGUGGCGGAACGAUUCGCGGAGAUUCUGUCGCGGAUGGCGGGAAAUCACACCGCGGGGGUGUCGGGGGAGGCGCAGGCGGGAGAGGGGGGAGAGCGGGGUGCGCGGGAUGAUCGGGGAUCAGGGCGGAAGUUGGAAGGAGAAAGAGAGGGCGCGGUAUCGAUUAACCGUGAAAGGGGGGGAAAAGGGGACGAGGGAAAGACGGGGAGAGAAAGGGGAGAAACGGGAGCGGGUGGAAAGGCGGGAGCGCGGAGAGAGGAGGGCGGAGAGGAAGCGGAGGAAGCGGCGGAGGAAGCUGAAGAGGAAGAGGAAGAGGAAGAGGAAGAGGAACCGAUACUUAAGUACCAGAGGCUAGGAGGCGACGUGCCGCAGAUAGUGCGUGGUGGCGUGCAGGCGACGUGCGUGUCGGUGUCUGAUAAGAUGCUAGCGCUCGGCACGUCUGACGGCUGUGUGCAUGUGCUCGACCUGCUUGGCAACCAGGUGUGCAACACCAGCUUCAAGGCAGUUUGCCACGGUCUCUCUGCCCCCGCCCGCUCCCCUCUCCCGCCCCCAUCCCUCCCUUCCGUCCCUGCCCUCCCUUGCCUCGGUUGGUGGCGCCUCACGCUCGUCCGAUGGCUGUGUGCAUGUGCUCGACAUGCUUGGCAACCAGGUGUGCAACUCCCGCUUCUCUCCCGCCCCCCUCCCACCUCUCUCCUGUCCCCCUCCCUCCCUUUGGUCCCCUCCCUGUCUUCCCUCUUCCCUCCCUGCACUGUCAAUUCUGCGCUGUUACCCAGUCUUUUCCCCCCUCCACCCCGCCCCAGCCUGGUGAAGCAGUACGAAUCGCACAAGGCGCCGGUGCGAGCAGUGGUGUUUGACGCGUCGGUGAACCACAUCGCCUCGUGCGCUCACGACGGCUCCCUCGCCAUCCACGGGCUCUUCUCCCCGGACUGUCUGCUGCUCAAGUACCGCCUCCCACUCCUCGCCCUCGCUCUGCACCCCUCCUUUGGCUCCUCCCGCCGGUCAAGGCAGUUUGCCACGGGCGGGGAGGCUGGAGAGCUGGUGCUGAAUUCGAAAGGGUGGCUGGGAGCGUCGGAUCAGGUGUUGCACGCAGGGGAGGGCCCCAUCACGUGCAUAGUGUGGCACGGCACGGUGCUGCUGUGGGCGAAUGAGAGGGGCAUCAAGCUCUUCUGCCUUGCCUCCUCCACGCCCCUCGCUCACAUCGACCGCCCGCGCUCCAACCUCACUGCUGGGAUUGACUCCCGCCCACAUGUUUUCUGGAUGGACGACACGACGCUUGCCAUUGGAUGGGCGGAUACGAUAAAGAUCGCUGCCAUUCGCACUCGCUCCACUGCACCUCCUGCUGCCACUGCAGCAGCAACACCCGCCACCACCACCACCACCAACACCACUGCCGCCGCCACUCCCAGCAGCAGCAGUAACACAACCGCUGCUCCGCCGCCCUCCUCCUCCUCCUCCUCCUCCUCCUCCUCCUCCUCCUCCUCCUCCUCCUCCUCCUCCUCCUCCUCCUCCUCCUCCUCCUCCUCCUCCUCCUCGUCCUCGUCCUCCUCGUCCUCCUCCUCCGCCUCCUCCUCCUCUACCCCCUCUUCCCCCCCUCCACUCGCCCCAUCCAUCCAAACUCCCCUCCAAUCGCCACCCACUGCCCUCACACCUGAAGGAACCACCGCUCUCACAAAUCAAGACCCCACUUCUGCAUCCACUUCAUCUCUCCCAUCAGCCUCACCACCUUCAUCCGUCCCACCCCUCGGGUCUGCAUCGGCUGCACCGGCUUCAUACCAACAGCCAUCCCCCCAGCAGGAAGCAUCCGCCCUGCAGCCGUCGCCUCCUGAGCUCCGCAUGCUCACGCUGCGCAACCAGGAGGUCAUGUGUGACACGCUGCCGCUGCAUGGAUUUCAACUCACCACCCUCACACACUUCGCCCUCGCCCACUCGCCCUUUUCCGGCAGCAGCAUGCAGGGGGCGCAGUGGCAUGCAGGCAGCGAGCCAUGCUUCGUCCUCCUCUGCCCAUUCGAUGUGCUUGUGGCUAGACCCUGUGACGCCCAGGACCACGUGCAAUGGCUAUUAGCGCACGGCCGAGUGCAGGCAGCAUUAGAGGCAGCAGAGCAGGCAGCACGGGGCAGCGGAGGAGGGCCGGGGGGGGGGAGAGGAGGGGGAGUGGGUGGAGAGGCGGAUGGGGAGGGGCAGGAGGGGAGUGGGAAUGGGAGGAAUGGAGACGUGGUUGCGGAGAACAGACUGGUUCAAGAGGUGGGGUGGCGCUAUCUAGACCAUCUGGUGCUGCAGCGCAAGUACGCCCAAGCAGCAGCACUCUGCCCCAAGCUGCUCGGAUCCAACACUACUGCCUGGGAGAGGUGGGUGUUCACAUUCGCUCAGAUGCGCUGCCUACCAGCCCUCGUGCCGCACAUACCCUUUGACUCGCCCCAGCUGGGACCAGCAGUCUACGAGAUGGUGCUCUCGUCCCUGCUGCUCUCCCCAUCAGACCACCCUCUGUUCCUCUCCUCCAUCCGCACGUGGCCGCAUCGCCUCUACAGCAUGCGCGACGUGCUGGGGAAGGCCGUUCAGAGACACCAGACGCUCACCCGAGGAGCAAAGGAGUGGGAGGGGCAAGCAUCAACACCACUGCUGGAGGCAGUGGCAGAGCUGUGCAUGCGCUCCCAACAGUUCCCUGACGCUCUGCACUACUACAUCCUGGCAGCGCUAUCAGACCGUACCAACACCGAUCGCACCAACACAGUCCUGCAUCUCAUCUCUUGCCAACCCUUCUCUCCUCUCAUCGCCUCCCAGCUACCCCUGCUUCUGCAGCUUGACCCCUCCCGCAUCCUCCUCUUUCUCGCCCACCACCCCUCGCUGCUCCCUCCCUCCUCCAUUUUUCCCCACCUCUCGCUGCUGCGCACACACGCACACGACACACUGCGACGGAGACGGGAGGAAGCGGAGGAGGAAAGGUUGGGGGAAGAGGAGGACGGGAGAUUGGAGGGACGGGGGGAGGAGAGGAGAUUAGGAGAAGGGGAGGAGGAUCGGAAAUUGGGGGAAGAGAAAGAGAGGAAAGAGGAAGGGGGGAAGGAUGUGGGUUUGCAGGAGGAGAAAGGAAUGGAGGAGAGAACAGGGACUGGUGGUCAUGGGUGGGAUUUAAGUGCUGUAGUGAGGGGGGAGGGAGCAGGCGGGGGGAAUAACCAGCCUGUCUGGGCUAAGAAUGAAGGGGAUAGGGGAGGAGUGGGUGGAGUAGGGGAAACGUUGUGGUGUGAGUGUGAGAUGGAUGAUGAGAGGAGUGAGAACGGGGGGGGCGGACAUGGGGAGGAGGAGGAGGAGGCAGUGAGAUGGGGAUGGAGAGGGGGAGAGGGGCGAGAGGGAACACUAGCAUUGGGAGAAGAGAGAGGAGGGCAGGAGAAGGCGAGGAGAGGGGAAGGCGGGAACAGGACGAAGAGGAGAAAGAGGAGCUGGUGGUUGGAGGGGGAGGAGAGGGAGAUGGUGAGGGGGAUGAUAGGGGCGGAGCAGGGAGAAGCAAUGGAAUGCAGAGCGGUGGGGGUGUGGUUACACGUGUACCUGCAUGAGCUCUUUGUGUGUGAUGCCACACUCACACAGCCAUGGCAUCCCAUUCAGCUGCUCCUAUACACAAUGCUCGACCCUCGCAAUCUCCUGCCCUUCCUGCACAGCACCACCAACUACUCGCUUGACAUGGCGUACAGGGUGUGUGAGAGGAGGGGCGAGGUGGGGGCGAUGGUGUAUCUGCUGCAGCGCAUGGGCAACCAUGCAGCAGCCAUGGCUCUCUGCAUUGACCGCAUGGAAAACGUUGACCAGGCUCUGGACGUGGUGGGGGAGAGCGGUGAUGAGUCGCUGUGGGAUGCUCUGCUGGAGCGAGCUGCCUCCAACUCCACCCUUCUAGCAGCGCUCUUUGACCGGGCCCUACCGGGUCUGGACGCCCUGCGCCUCGUGCAGCUGGCCAUGCCUGCCCACCACAUCCCACGGCUAAAGGAGCGUCUAGUGGGUGUGCUAUCCGCCACCACCACCCAGCUCGCCCUCUCCCAAGGCUGCUACCGACUCCUCCUGGCGGACUUAACAGUUCUCUUUACCAAGCAAUUGAAAGAAUCAAUCAAGGGCAUCCGAUACCAGCAGCAGCAGGUGUCACUUCCCCUCGCUCUUCUCUCCUCUGUAUCUGCUGCUGCCUUUGAUGCGGCCACCACCGCAGCAGCAGCAGCCGCAGCAGCAGCAACCGGCACCACCACCAACACCCCUACCAACACAACCACCAUCACCACCACCACAACACCACUUCCCCCUCUGCCCUCUCCUCUUGACCUCGCAUCAACCUCACCGUUCUUCGAGUCUCUUCCCACGCUAGCAGCACACACGCACCGAGCAAUCAAAGGAGCCGUCACAGCAAUCGAUGCAGUUCUGGACUCUGCUCCUGUGCAAGCCCUUGCACCUGACGUCUCACUAGACUCCAUCCGAGCUAUAGUGGAUUCCACAGGAGCAGCCGGGGUGUUCGCCGCCUCGAAUGAUUGGCUGGACGGGGAUGGGGUGGAGGAGGGGGGAGGGGGAGGCGAGGGGUUGAGACGGGGGGGAGCAGGUAGGGGGGGAGGGCGUGGGGGGGUUGGAGAGUGGAGAGGCGGGAGGAGGGGAGGAGGGCAAGGGGGUGGGGAGGGGAUGGAGGUGUUGGGAGGGAGUGGACGGUGCUGUGUUUGCCUGGAGAAUGCAGCAUCGCUGGAGGGUCCUUUUGUUGUGUUCUUCUGCCAUCAUGGCUUCCAUCUCUCCUGCCUCUCCCUCUCUGCUGCUGCCCAUCCACCCGCCCCUCUCGCACCGCUUCACUCCUCCUCCUCCCCAUACCCCUCCGCAGCUACCUUCACUCCUGCCGGAGGUGUGGACAGAGAAGUGGGGGAGGUGAGAGGGGGGAGGGGUAAAGGAAGUGGUACACAUAAGACAGUCAAUCUCCUCCCGAACUCCCCGCUUCUCGUCCGCUUAACUCCCCUGCUCCGUCACACCACUCCCGCCUUCCCCCGUAUCCGCUCCGCCAGCACUUGCGCCGGUAGCACCGGCAGCAUCUUCGUUUCCGCCAUCAACGGGAGGCACACGCGCGGAGUCAUCGUCUUCCCCUCGCCGUCCCGACGACGAGGAAGCGCCGCUUCGCUUCUCCGUCAACGCGUGUUUCCCCGUUCGUCUCGACGUCCCGAUUGUGUGGUCGUCGCGGACGUGGUCUGUUUGUGGACUCGACUUCGCAGUGACUUGCUUCGCCCAUUCGCCUCGCCGCCGAGCAUGGCGAUACCAUCAGACGAGACAGUCGUGGUGCGCAAGGGGCAGGGGCCGCGGGAGGCGUCGGAGAUAACGGUGAAUUGCCCGGACAAGGUGGGGCUGGGCUGCGACCUCACGCGCAUCAUGUUCGAGUUCGGGCUCAACGUCGUCAAGGGUGAUCUGUCAACGGACGGCCGGUGGUGCUUCCUCGUUUUCUGGGUGGUACCGCGCACGCGCACAGGCAAGCCCAUCAAGUGGUCUCUGCUCAAGCACCGCCUCCUCGCCGCCUGCCCCUCCUCCGAACCCGUAUUCUUCUCCCGCCCCUCGCACUCCUCCUCCUCCUCCUCGUCAUCAUCAUCCUCCUCCUCCUCUGGCCACUCCUACGGGCUUCCUUCCUAUGGGAUCACCUCGUCUACUGCUUACCGCAACCCCUUCUCCUCCUCCUCGUCUUCGUCGUCCUCGGGUCUUGCAUCGCCGUUAGCUGGUGGGGGGGGCGGGGGGGUGAAUAAGGCGGCGGUGCGGGUGUUCCUGCUGCAGGUGCAGGCGUCAGACAGAUGCGGACUACUGAAUGACAUGACGCAGCUGCUGUGGGAGCUGGAGCUGACCAUCCACCGAGUGAAUGUCUCCACCAGCCCUGACGGCCAGGCCAUCGACUUCUUCUUCAUCACCGAUAACCGCAAGGAGCUGCCCGCAAAGCACCGGUCAGACCAGAUCAUAGACCGAGUGAGGGACGCGCUCUCCCUCUCAGGCCACAGCAGGGGCGGCGCUAAGGGCCUGCUCGGCUCCUCCGCUGCCUCUGGCGCCACAGGUGCAGGAGCAGGGGCAGGAGGAGGAGGAGGUGCAACAGGGUAUGGUGGCGGGGAUAGACUGGCAGGAGCAGCAGCGGGAGGCGUGGGAGGGAAGGGUGGGAGGAGUGGUGGCAGCAGUGGGGGCGCUGGUGCUGGUGGUACUGGUGCCCUGGGUAUGGGUUCUCGUGGUGGCGGUGCUGCUGCUGGUGGUCUGGUUAGUGGCAGGGAUGGUAGCAGGGAGGGUGAGAGUGAGGCAGUGGUUUGCUCCAUAUCGCCCACCACAGGCCCUGAUGCAGCAGACAUAGCGGAUCUGAGCCUGGGCGUGUCAGAGUGUGUGCCGUACGCUGUAGAGAAGUUUCUGCUCGCUGAGUUCAGCACGCCGCCUAACAGCCCCCCUGGGACCUCUGUCUCCAUUGGUGUUGGUGCUUCUGCUGGUGGUGCCAGAGGGAUGAGUGAUGCUGCUGGUGCUGGUGGUGUUGCCAGUGCUGCUGGUGCUGGUUCCGCUGGUGGUGCUGCUGGUGGUGUUGCUGGUUCUGCCACUUGUGCUGGUGCUGGUGCUGGUGCUGGUGGUGCUGCCAGGGCUGCUGCGUCUGGGUUGGCGGGGGGGAGUGUAGGCGCGAGCAGGGGCAUGGGCAUCCAGCUGAAGGACCGCAAGGGCCUCGUGUAUGAUUGCCUGCGCACACUUCGAGACCUCAACAUGCAGGUGUCGUAUGGGCGCAUAGCCACGACCGAGGAUGGCGUGUGCCAGUUGGACAUGUUUGUAGUGGACAGCAGCGGCAGGAAGGUGGAGGGGGCAGCGCAGCAGGCGCGCAUCUGCGCGCGGCUAACAUCAGAGCUCGAGCGACCGCUGCGCAUCGUGGUGGUGACACGAGGAGGGAAGGGGAGCGUGGUGGGAUCGGUGGAAGGAGGCGAGGUGAAGGAGCGAGGGAGCGGCGGUGGCGGUGGUGGUGCUGGUGGGAGGAUGGGAGUGGGGAUGGGGAUGGGGAUGGGGCUGGGGAUGGGGUUUGCGGGGAUGGUGGGGAUGGGAAGGAGCGUCUCACCAGCUGUAGUGCCGGCGGGAGUAGCAGCUGGAGGAGGAGGGAGAGCCGGCAGAGCAGGGUCAGCAGCCGCAGGCGCAGCAGGGGCAGCAGUGGCGGCAGGGGCUGGCGCAGGUGUGUCGAGAGUGUGUUGGGUGUGUGCUGUGUUAACUCACCAUUACCCUUCUCCUCUUUUUCCUUGGUUCCCCCCCCUCUUCCUCCGCCCCUCUCUCCCCUUCCUCUCCUUCCUCCGCCCCUCUCUCCCCCGCCCUGCCACGUCACGUCACCCCCUUCCACGUCACCCGCCUGCCACGUCACCGCCCUGGCACGAGCAGGCGGACAUAGCACGGCAUGAGAUGGGGGGGCGCACAUGGGAGGUGUACCGCCUGAUUCUGCAGGACAGGGGGGGCCAGCCCAUCUCCAAGCUCAAGACCCGCCUCUACAUUGCGGACCAAGUCAGGAACGUGCUCAUGGGGUGA